ACCCAUCUCUGUUCUGAAUAAUCAGUAAAUUAAUUCCAAAACAAGAGUAUUUUAAAAUUAUUUUCUCAUUUAAAUAUAGUUUAAUACCACCGGUUCAAUUUAAAAUAGAGUGAUUACAUGAAAAGUUAAUUUUAACAUUAUUAUACUUACAAUUCAACGCUACAUCGAAAUAUCGAAUAAAUUACAUUUGAUUUUGUAUAUUUUCAAUAAGAAACAUAACCUAUAUGUCUACAUGACUAUAUAACAUUCGGCGAAUUUUAUAUAGCAUCUCUAUAAAUAAAUAUUAAUUUUUCUGACAUUAUGAAUUUUAAUAGCGCAACAGUGAUAAAUUUACCAUUGGAAAGUGAAAUUUUUAUGAUUAGUGAUUUUAUUGACAAUUGAAAAAUGAUAAUUCUGUAAAGGAGGGGAAAUUUAAAAAAAAAAAUUUGAAUUUUCAACUUUAUUCGUUUAAGAGUGGAUAAAAAAAAGAAGAAAAAUCAUGACUCAACAAGUCGUUAAGGCGUUACACGCGAAAUAUUUUCGCAGAAUUUUACAAAUGUUGCCAAGCAAUUGUGCAUCAAUGGACUCAACAAGAUUGACAAUUGCAUAUUUUGCAAUAUCGGGUCUUGAUAUUCUUGAUUCAUUAAAUGAAUUUUCUGAUGAGGAAAAAAAUUCAGCAAUCGAUUGGAUAUAUAAAUUACAAAUUUCAAAUGCUGGUGAAAAAUCGGGAUUUUUAGCAUCAACAACAUUGCCAAUUGAUGCUUGUGAUUAUAUUAAUGGCCAUUUGGCAAUGACAUAUACAGGAUUGGCGGCAUUAUUAAUUCUUGGCGAUGAUUUAUCGCGUGUCAAUCGUAAAUCACUUGUCGAUGGUAUUGGAGCUUGUCAAAAUUCUGAUGGAUCAUUCUCUGGAAUGAUAACUGGCUGUGAAAGUGAUAUGAGAUUUCUCUAUUGCGCUUGUUGUGUUUCGCAUAUAUUGGACGAUUGGACGGGUAUUAAUGUUCAAAAGGCUGUUGAUUAUAUUUUAAGAAGCAUAUCCUAUGACGGAGCAAUUGGUCAGGCUCCUGGUUUGGAAUCACAUGGUGGUUCGACAUUUUGUGCCAUUGCGAGUCUUUUUUUAAUGGACAAACUGGAUAUUUUGUCGGAUAAACAAUUGAAUAGAUUAAGAAGAUGGUGCAUUAUGAGGCAGGAUGGAGGUUUUCAUGGCAGGCCUGGUAAACCUUCCGAUACGUGUUACAGUUUUUGGAUUGGAGCCACAUUACAAAUGUUGAACGUUAGUCAUUUAUCGAAUUCCGAUGAGAAUCGAAAUUUUGUCCUAAGUACACAGGAUACUGUUGUGGGAGGAUUUGCCAAAUUUCAAUAUGUUUUUGCUGAUCCACUUCAUACAUAUUUAGGUCUGAGCGGUUUGAGCCUCUUAGGUGAACCGAGUUUAUGUCCGAUGUACGCAGCUCUCAAUGUUUCUCGUCGAGCCUACGUACAUUUACAAGAGAUUCACAAAAAAUGGCGAAAUACGUGAUUAAAUACCAAAUAUUAAAAUAAUGCGCACAGAACAAAAAAAAAAAAAAACAGGUAACAGAAAAUUUGUUACCCGAAUUUUUUUGCGAAAAAUAUUUUUUCAUCUAAAAAGAAAAUUCUUCAGUAUUUCUUUUUUCAAUACUAUAUAAUAUAUACAAAAGUUUAUAAAUUAGAGAAUUUUUUUUUUUUUUAGAUAUUUAGACACAUGUGUUUUUUCUCUCAAAAAAUUAUAGAUUAAUUUUUUUAAUUUACAAUAUUUUAUUUUUAUACGCUAUUUUAAUAAUUAUUUGAAUGGCACAAUUUAAUUCUAUUUAAUCGGAAUAUAUAUUCUACAUUUGUCAAUUAAUAUACACAAAAAUGUAUUUGUUAAUUCAAAAAGGAUUUAUUUCGUGAUUUUUUAACUUUUUGAGAAAUACAAAAAAAAAAAAGAAAAAAUGAUGUUAAAAGCUACGUAUAAAAAAUUUUUGUCCUCAAACAACAAUAUAAGAAUGAAAUGUUGUUUUGUGAUAGAUAACAAUGUUGCAAUAAACACGAAAAGUAAUGAUA